AUUACAUCUAUUUUCAAGCGAAAUGCUGCUAUAUAACUACACUUUAAAGAUUACAUUUGACAGUUUUGCGUAUUCAUCGACACAUCAUUGUUUAAAACAACUUUUGAAAACGGCCGGCACUCGUGAGAGUUUGCUGACUUGUGAAUUCCAACCCUUUCCCCUUUUAUAUAACACUAAGUACUAACCUCUUUUUCCUCCAAAUUCCAACCAUUUUGGUACUAUUUCACUAUUUUCCCUUCCUCGUUGAGAUCGUCCAUCUUCGUCUCUCUCGUGUGACUAAUACAAAGAAAAACAAAAAAAUGGCAUUGAAAAUCCAAAACCCAUUAACAUUUCAAUCAUCAAACUCAUUUUUUUCAUUCACAAUUACUCGAUCUCAUCAACUCAGAUCUCCAAAUCGUGUUUCCAUGGCUUCCACCACUGGAAUCACUUCAAAGGAUGUUCCAAAUGGUAAAAAGCCGUACAUGCCUCCCAGAGAAGUUCAUGUGCAGAAGACUCACUCAAUGCCACUCCAAAAGAUCGAGAUGUUCCAAUCAUUAGAAAAAUGGGCCGAGGAAAACCUUCUCGUGCUUUUAAAGCCAGUCGAGAAGUGUUGGCAACCGCAAGAUUUUCUCCCGGACCCUGCAUCCGAAGGAUUCGAGGAGCAAGUCAAGGAGCUGAGGGAACGAACUAAAGAACUCCCUGAUGACUAUUUUGUCGUUUUGGUUGGAGAUAUGAUUACAGAAGAAGCCCUUCCGACUUACCAGACCAUGCUUAACACAUUGGAUGGAGUUCGGGAUGAGACUGGUGCGAGUUUGUCUCCGUGGGCUAUAUGGACGCGGGCAUGGACUGCGGAAGAGAACCGACAUGGUGAUCUGUUGAACAAGUAUCUUUACCUCUCGGGAAGAGUCGACAUGAGGCAAAUAGAGAAGACUAUUCAGUACCUGAUUGGAUCAGGAAUGGACCCAAAAACUGAGAACAACCCUUAUCUCGGUUUCAUCUACACUUCAUUUCAAGAGCGAGCGACCUUUAUCUCUCACGGUAAUACUGCAAGGUUAGCCAAGGACUACGGUGAUAUUAAACUAGCCCAGGUGUGUGGUAUUAUCGCUGCAGAUGAAAAGCGGCAUGAAACAGCAUACACAAAAAUAGUUGAAAAACUCUUCGAGCUGGAUCCAGAUGGAACGAUCUUGGCUCUAGCCGAUAUGAUGAGAAAGAAAGUGUCAAUGCCUGCUCACUUAAUGUACGAUGGCAUAGAUGACAACCUUUUCGACAAUUACUCAUCAGUUGCUCAACGCAUCGGAGUCUACACUGCUAGGGACUACGCGGACAUCCUGGAAUUUCUAGUUCAGCGGUGGAAUGUAGAAAAAUUGACGGGUCUUUCAGGUGAGGGACAUAAAGCUCAAGAUUUUGUAUGUGGGUUAGCUCCGAGGAUUAGGAAACUCGAGGAGAGAGCUCAAGCUCGGGCUAAACAAGCAUCCCUUGCUCCGUUCAGCUGGAUUUUCGGCAAAAAGUUGACCGUCUAGAAGUAAUGACGGUAAAUGGAAACGCAACUACAUGCAUCUGCUGCCUUAGUUUUGUGUUUGAAGAUGAUGCUGGUUGACAAGAAGUUAAGUCAUUGUAGAUACUUUUGUUUGAAUGCUUAAGCUAUUUAAGAAUAGAGAAGGCUGUAAUUUUUUAGUAAGCUUACUUUUGGUUCCCCUAAAGUCUAAAAUAUGUUGUAUGAGUAAAAACUAAAAACUGAUCCCAUUAUGUAUGUUGGAUCUGCAGCCUUAGUUUAGUCUCUGAACUUUCAAGACAUUAAAGAAAGCCUCUUUGUUAAAAUGUUUCUUUUGCCUUUGUUAUCCAAGUGAAAUAUUAACUUCUAA